CUCUCUCUCCCCCAAAAAACACAAGGAAGGAAAAAAGAAAAAGAAAAAGAAAAAGAAAGAGCGAUGAGAUCUGUUCGUCUCCGCGCCCUCCCUCUGCUGCUGCUCCUGCUGCUGCUUCUUCUUCUUGUGGAAGGGGAAGCGCGGGGCGGGGCGGUGGCGGGGGGGUGGCGGCGCAUCGAGGACGUGGGGGAGGCGCACGUGCGGGAGAUCGGGGAGUACGCGGUGGCGGAGCACGACCGGGAGACGGGGGCGGGGCUGGCCUUCGUCCGGGUGCUGCGCGGCGAGACGCAGGUCGUCGCCGGCAUCAACUACCGCCUCGUCCUCCAGGCAGAGGCGGAUGCCGCCGGCAGCGAGUGCUACGAGGCGGUGGUGUGGGAGAAGGCCUGGCAGGGAUUCCGCAAGCUCACCUCCUUCAGGCCAGUCUAGCUAGUACAGGAAUAUAUAUAUCAAAGACAAUUAGGUGCAUGGGUUCGUGUCGAUCCAUGGGUUUUCUUUGAUACAUAAAGAGAUCAGAGAGAUCAGAGAUCACAGAGAGGUAGUUACAAAUAUAUACCAUACCAUGUGUUUCUCGUGUUCUCGUGUUCUUGUGAUCGAAUGUUGAAAUGGGUAAAUGGCGUGAUUUAGCA